GGACUCGUGAAGCAGGGUGCGUACCACAAAUGCUCAGUAAAAGGGGCCCGCACCUUCUUCGAUGCCGGGUCACGGCGAACAAGUCCUCGCCGGACUUUCCCCCUUACUCUCUUUGAGUUAGACAGGCCGGAACCAGAUGUCUCGCGACGGGGUGGCGGCAGCAUCCUAACUAUAUACUACAUCACUCUAUUCGAGGCUGCGCGCGGCCAGAUAUUCUACCGACCUCCACAAAUACAGAUUUUGGAGCGUCAAGUCUAGACAAGAUGUUACACGGCGGCGGCGCGCGCUUCUGCACGCUCGUCGUCGUCAUCGUGUUCGGCACUUUGUACUUCACCUCCCUCCAUUCGCACUCUGGGGACGAUGCCUUCUCCUCGGCGGGGCUCUUGGAGAAGGCUCAGAAGGCGGUUGGGUCCGCCCUCUCCCGCCGACACCACUGUCCAGUCCCUCGAUCGUCCCAGACGCGCGCGAUAGACCACAAGAAGCAGAUCUGCGUGCCGCUGGACUCGCCGUCUGGCGUGUUUGCGGUGUCGUUCUGCUACGAGCGCGACGCGUACGACGCGUUCACGAUGCGGGUACAAAGACUAGAUCAGGAAGAGUGCGCGCGAGUGGAGGAGAAGGGCCCGCAGGCAGAUCGCGAGGACGUGCGCGAGUUCGUGCAGACUGAGCGCGGGCCGGAUACGCUGUGGCUGCGCGUCGAUGGUGCAGAGCGCAUCAGCACGCAAAGGAGCGUGUACGAGGGAGAGUGCUCGUACAGGUUCGAUGUACCUGUGAGGAACGCAGGGGAUCUAUACGUCGACUUGUUCCAUGCGUGGGAGGAGUACCUGGGCUUCAUCGAGACCGACGACAUGCGUACACGACCAUGGCCACCUCUCUUAAACAACCCUCUCCUCUCGCAGACCCUACGCAUCCCCUGGGGCGCCUCCGACUGCCGCCCAUACAACGUCCCCCCACUCUGGGAGUCCCACCACGUCGUAGUGCCUGCCCCCCUCUCCCCCUUCGACCUCAUGGUCAACAACCUCCCUUCCUGCGCGGGCCUCGAACCCAUGACCGGCUCGUACUACCGCGCGCACACGCUCGACGUUCUUUGGCCGGAGAUAUACUACCCGCAACCGCUCGGGCGACCUGUGGGCGGGCGCUACCGCUUCAUGCCGCACGACUGCGAGUGGCGACACGCGGGGAUGCGCGCGGCGAGCGCGCACAGAUGCACGGGGAAGAAGAGCAGCGUGUACACUCUGGGAGAUAGCCAUGGGCGUCUGGUGCACGAUGGGGUGAUACACAGGCUGAAUGGGACGGCGGGCCAGAUGACGGCUUCGCCGAAGCUCGAGUUCAAGACUGCCGAGGUCGGCGAGAUUGACUUUGCUUUCCAAUGGGACCCUCGCGGCGAACUCAUGGUCACCCAGACUGAGCGACUUUGCGCGACACUCAAAGAGCGCGAAGUAGAUAUAUACUUUGCCAGCAUCGCCUUCCAUCUCGCAAUCGACCAGCCCACGCAUGUCUUCCUUGAGCGCGUUGAGAAGCUCUUCGACGCUGUUGAUCAAUGCGCCGAUGCUGAGUACGCUGGCCCGAGCACUCGCAUCCUCCUCACGCCCGCCGCCGCCGCGCCCCGCCAGGACCUUGCGGGCUCGGGUCUGCGGGAGAAGAACACGAACGUGCGGCACGCGUACUGGUCGUCGCUCGUCGCGCCGCUCGCUAAUUCGCGAGGCUGGGCGGUGCUCGACCAGUUUGCGCUGACGGAGCCGAUUGCGUGGGAGCCGAUGUUCAUGGACAAGCUGCACUAUCUGUUGACGGAUGCGGUGGAGGCGCUUGUCGAUGAGGCGGUGGGGAGGACGGGGUUGUGUCCGGAGGGGUACUAGCAUGUGCGGGAGAGUGGGGCGGGAUGUUGAUAUCCGGUUUUGUAUAUAUCAGGCGGUUCUGGCGUUCGGUAGAUGUACAUUGAUGAGCAUAAUCCUCGGGCGUGGACUUUCGAAUUCAACCUAUCCCUCCUUGUUUCUCAGGCGCAUCUCAACCCCGUGUCGUCUUGUCAACCAUGGGCGCCGUACCCUUUCAGAAUUCCGUCCUUCCGGUGGUCAACAUUUUCACGCGGUUCCAUUCCUCGAUCCUCCUGUCCACGUCGCCAUGUUCUUCGUUCGGCAGAGAAUAGUAAAGGUCGCGUAACCCCGGAAAUGACUCGGCCAUCCAGGCGCCCAGCUCAUCCCCGCUUCCGAUGUCAGAGUCCUUCAGAGUGAGCUCCUCG